GAGGCGCCCCGCCGCCCCUCCGGGCUGGGGGUGCAGCUGCCGCCGCUCCAGCCCGGCCCGGCCCGGCGCGGCGGGGGCGGAGGGGGAGAAAGAGGAGGAGGGAAGAGAGGGAGGGAGGAAAGGAAGGAAGGAAGAAGAGAGGGGAGGGAGGGAGGAAGGAAGGGAGGUGAGGUGCCGCCGCCAGCCGCCUUGUCGUUCUGCUUUCUGCAGCCGGUGCGGAGGAGGGGGCAGCCCCCGGCAGGAGUCCCGGCAUGCUGAAAGUCACCAUGCCCUCCUCCUCCUCCUCGUCCUCAUCCUCAUCCUCCUCCGGCUCCUCGGCAGCCGGCCGCCCCGGGUCCGCCGCGCCCGACUACUGGAUCGACGGCUCCAACAAGGACACCCUGGCCCACUACUUCGAGCUGGAGUCCGAACUGGGACGUGGGGCUACAUCCAUUGUCUACAGAUGCAGGCAGAAAGGGACCCAGAAACCUUAUGCCAUCAAAAUGCUGAAGAAGACAGUAGACAAGAAAAUUGUCCGCACAGAAAUUGGAGUUCUUCUUCGCCUUUCGCAUCCAAACAUUAUAAAACUGAAGGAGAUAUUUGAGACCCCUACAGAAAUCAGUCUUGUUCUGGAAUUGGUCACAGGUGGAGAACUAUUUGACAGGAUUGUGGAAAAGGGUUACUACAGUGAAAGAGAUGCUGCUGAUGCUGUUAAACAAAUCCUGGAGGCAGUAGCUUACCUGCAUGCAAAUGGGAUUGUGCAUCGUGACUUGAAGCCAGAAAAUCUGCUCUAUGCAACGCCAGCACCAGAUGCACCAUUAAAAAUCGCUGACUUUGGACUUUCCAAGAUUGUGGAAGAUCAGGUGACCAUGAAGACAGUUUGUGGAACACCAGGGUACUGUGCACCAGAGAUACUACGAGGAUGUGCCUACGGCCCUGAGGUGGACAUGUGGUCUCUGGGGAUUAUCACCUACAUCCUUCUUUGCGGCUUUGAACCAUUUUAUGAUGAAAGGGGAGAUCAGUACAUGUUUAAGAGAAUCCUGAACUGUGAAUAUGACUUUGUGUCCCCCUGGUGGGAUGACGUGUCUCUGAAUGCCAAGGAUUUAGUUAAAAAGUUGAUUGUUUUAGACCCCAAGAAACGCCUCACCACUCUACAGGCUUUGCAGCACCCAUGGGUGACAGGGAAGGCAGCAAACUUUGCACAUAUGGACAAUGCACAAAAGAAACUCCAAGAAUUCAAUGCUCGGCGUAAACUUAAGGCUGCAGUAAAAGCUGUGGUGGCAUCAACCCGCCUUGGCAGUGCCAGCAGUCACAGCGCGCACGACAGCAAUAAGCCCAGCCGUAACCCGUCUCCCAUCCAUGACAGCAAACGUGAAGAGAAGCCCACUCAGGAAGCAGAAGCAGCUCUAGAAGAAAUGUCUUAGGUCAAUGUGCUUCAGCUGAUAUCUAUCAUUUCAUACACCAGCUAACUUGUCAUUCAGCAAGAGAGAUUCGUAAGCUUGGCCUCUCUGGUUCUGCUUUGGGGUGCCAAAUGCACUGGCUGGUGAUUCUACCUUCAAUGCAUGUGACUGCUUAUGAAAAUAGUAAACUGUUCCAUAAGGCAUGUCAUGGAAACAGUCUUAUUUGCAUUAAUACCGGCAGGUAAAAAAAAAAUGGGGAUAAAUAACUACCUACCAUAAUGCGUAUACUUCAUAUACAUCUAUCCAGUGUUUCUAGAUAGCAUUUGAAACAAAAUACUAUUUAAUUUGUUUUAUGGAAGUAGGUGUCUUCUGUAUGUUGUGAGUUUGUUUGAACUGUUUCCUUCCAGAUUCAUAGUCCUGCAGUAGACUAAAUGGAAGGAAAUAACAAGCCAAUGCUUUUAAAACUGAUGUAUGAAGUAAUGCUUUUUAUCUGUAAAAUUCAAAAAGUAUUUGGGGAUUUAUAUGCAAAAAACAUUCCACUACUUCUGGGAAGAAAUUGAAAUGUUAGUUCCACUGGGCAUGAAAAUGUAUGUUCCUCAAGCUUAUGUUGAGAAUGCCUUACUCUGACUUUUCCUGUUUAUAUACAGUAUUUUAAUGACAACCAAAAUUACUCAGACUUCUGCCAUUUCAUUCUCUAGUAAAAAGUUAGCAAAACAAAAGGAUAGACUAAAAGAGGAUUAGAGUAGAUGGAAUUUUUUUAAAUAAAUAUAAUGGUAUUCAUUAAUUUCUAAACUGUGCAGCUAGAAAAAGUUUUUAUAGGGUCUAAGGGACUAAUCUGCAGUUACACAAGUUGUAAAUGGUUGAAGGAAGCUAUUCCACAACUUAAUGAUUUUGCUCUGGUGAGCACUCUUACACAAGGUCUGGGAGCAAGGAGUAUGAUCUAGUCGCUUCCCAGAUAGUUCAGCCUCACGAGUAACCAGUUUCCACUUGUCAGCAUAACUAGUCCAGGUUUUCCUGACAAAGAAUCCCUCCAGUGAAGUGAUCCACCAGCACAGAUCUUGCAUCCACCCAGAGCUCCUGUGUCUUAAGUUAAAAGCUGUAUGCAUGGAUCAGCUUGCAAAAUUAGGGUUAGGCUCUUCAGAUAUCUUGAUUUUUUUUGUUGAACGUAAUUAACAGGAAUUGACAAAACAUGCAUCAGUAUGUAUGACCAUUUACAUUUGUUUGUUAUCACUUCAAUAGCAUGUGAAUUUCAUAAUGUUAUUGAUAUAUUACAGAAAUGGCAAAAAGAACCUGAUGUACGGCGAUGUCAUUUGUGUUUGUUUAAUUUUUUAAUACUUAGAGUUACCUAACACCCUAAUACACUCAACAUUCCUCUUUUGCUUUAAUUGUUUUUAAGUUAGGCCUUGCACAACUUGCCUUGAAAAAAACCCAACAACCCAGCUGCUGAAAAAGAAUUUAUUAAUAAAACAUUCAGUAGCGCUACAUUUCCUGAUGAAAUUAAAGAGUAAUACAAUUUUAUUCAUAUAGUAGGUUUGAUAAAUAAAAUAUAAUCUAGAUUAAUACAAAAAGGAAGAUUAAAGAUACUGUCUUUACUAGGUGAGAAUGCAUGCUACUGAAUGUAUUGUACUUGAGAUUUUUUUACCCAUUUCUUAUAACUCUUUCAACUUGUACAAAAAGGUUUGCUAGUUAAGCGUGGCUGAAAUUUAAAGUACACACGUCCAUCCUUUUCCCAGGUGACACACUUCGAGAUGAUGUAGGACCGUCAGCUGAAACAGCUGAUGGGACCAUGGCAGCUGUGAACAGGCCAACAAGACGCUUUUGCAGAUUUUCCCUUGAAAACAAGUACGAUAGGAGUAAUCACUUUGGAGAAGGUGAUAGGUACAUCCACCUCUCUCACUCUGUACUGUCUGUCUUACCUCCUGUGAGGUAACUGCAGGACAAAUGCAUUUCUCAGCCACAGGUCUCUUCCCCCAGUUAGCAGUGGUGAAGCCACCUGAGUUCAGUCGGUGGGGAGGCUUGAUGGGAGAGGUUGGAUUUCUGUAAAGUUUCCCCCUUCAUUUGGGAUAGUUGCUUCUGAUCUGCAAAGUGGAGCUGGCUGCACAGUUAUUGCACAUCUAUGAGUGCUCGAGCAGGAAUAUCUUCAUCUGAGACAUGGUUUCUUGGGCUAAAAAGUAGUCCCAGCUGAUCCUUAAAGCUAUUCUUUGCUAAAUUAUGCCGUAGCGUAUCAUAACUAUGAACUGAUGCCAUGCAACUGGAGACGUCUCUGUGACAGCAUGAUAUCAGAGGCAGCUCAGUCUUGUGCAUAAAGGCUCUGGGGCUUCAAUUGGUUUUGCUUAGUUUUCUUUUAUUAUGCUCAGUAUGAAACAAUCAGGAUAUCUGUACUGAAUGAAUUGCCAAUACGUGACUCAGUAAAAUAGCAUGCCUGGCUUAUGCACAACAGUAUUAUACAGAAGGAACAGCAGCACUAGGGUGUAUGCAUGUACCUGAAGAAAGAAGCGCUACGUCCAUUGUUUUUGUCUGAAAAAUCACAUCCCGGUGGCAUCUGCCAUAAUUCAGACUCAGGAGUGCAACACUGCUGAGUGUGGCUGAAAAAUAUGAACACACCCAAAAGGUACUGGUGGUGGGCCAAUUCCACAUCUGUGGUUAUAAACUAGGUGGGCAGUUGCUAAUGUUUUUUUCUGUUGAAAUCCUAAGCUUUAAUUUCUUAAAAUGUUCGACAUAUUAGCAAAUUCCUUCAAGUACAAAAGAAGGAACCUUGACAUCUUUGUGAAGUAUUUGAACUUAGCAAAACUUUUCCUUUAAAGGCAGAUUGUAGUAUUAGCCAAUUAAAGUCUAAUGUUUGAUAGCUAGGCUGAGGAUCUGAUGGCUGUUAAAUGGAUAAUGAUGUCCUGCCUUUGCACAACAACAGGGUUUUUUACAAGUUCAGAAAGAUUCACUCCAAAACAGUAGCAGAUUUCCUCUCAUUUUAAACACUUCUGCUUGCAAUUUUGUAGAUGACACAGUAAAUUGUACUGUAUGAGCCCAGCACUAGUUUGUUAGCUGAAGUUUGUAUUGCUUGUGUGAGCAUGUUGUAAAGAUGCAGGCACACCAUAAUCAAACUUUUGAAUGCAAAAGAGCAUCAAAGCAAAAGUUUGUGAUACAGCUUGUGCUCCAGAAGAAGGGUCUCUGCCCCUGUGAGUGAGCAGGCUGUCAGGUAUGUGGGGAGGAGUGACAAAAGCUGCUCAGCAUCCCCAUUGCAAAGACCCCAUGCCUCAGUGAAUAAAGCAAAGUGCUGUGAAAAGCUGUGUGGUACUAGGGCAGGAUGAAUGUGGCAAACAAAAAGUUUUUGGAAGGGGCUCAGAUCAGCAGGGAGUCCCAGGCUAGAGGAGGCUGUGGCUCACUGGCAGCUGGCCCUCGGCACUUAACCAAAUAACCAUCUUUCUCCUACAACUUUCACUGUGAGUGAAACACAGAUGCAGCUGGCAGCUGUGGGGGAAGUGAGGACAACACUGCAUUUUCUGCAGCCCAGUAGCAGGGAAAGGAAGGAAGAUGCUAACAGUUGCCAGUGUCCAGCUCAGCAGAUGGAGAGCGGUAUCUACUAAGCUGCAAAUGCAGGACUAGAGAAUAAACACCCAUUUCCAAAUAAUGACUGGCAACUGCCCUGCAGCUCCUACACACAUCCCAGGGCAUACUGUAACAGAGAGUGCUGCAGUGCAGGUCUCUGGGGUCUUUUUAAGAGUGGGAGAUGAAAGGGUAGGGGGGGUGGCUCCCAGCAGAUCCUCGCACAGUGUCCUGCAUAUUGCCUGCUUACCGAAGAGGUGGACACUCCUGAGUCCCAGUAUAGUGCCUUGACCCCUGGCUUGUGCAGAGGCUGUGUAUUUCUUUUGGGGAAUAACUCAGUUACGUGUGGCUGAGUCUGCCUUGUUGCUCAGGUUACCAGUGUAUAGCUUAUGUAGGCAUGGCAUUCAAGUAACAAAAAAUACCUUCUUAUACAGGAGAAAAACGGGAAUGAGGCUGACCAAGCAAGACGCACAGUUGGACCUAGAGCACAAUGGCAGGGAUACAGGCAGGUCCUGGAGAUACCAAAGGUAAACAAAGAGACAGCUCAGAACAUCCUUAAAGUUAGUUUAUAAAACAGUAAUAGCUCAAAGAAUGUCCUUGCCUUUCUUUCAGGGUAAUUGCAGUUAGAACUUACAACUACAAUAGUGAGAGUUAAUUCUGCUUUUGUAUAAAGAAAUUUAGCUUCCCUGAUAAGACCCUGCACAAUAUCAUGUUGCAUUGAACAAAAA